AUGUCUCCCAUCCAGUUCAAAUUCUCUAGACCCCCGGACGGGCUCGUUCGACGCGUCACCUUCCAGGAGAGGCCCUCUUGGGAAGCCCUCGCAGCCAAGAUCGAAUCCUUGUACAACAUACCCCUCCCCAGCGUUGGCGUUUCGUACGUGGACGACGAUGGAGACGAGGUCACUCUCAGCUCCGAAGAAGAGCUUCAGGACUUCUACCAGGGCGUGCUGCAGCAGAGGGACGGUACGCUCAUGCUGGUGAAACUCAACGUCCACGACCUCGACUCCCUUCGCAACGAUAAGCCUCUCCCCGACACUCCUCGUACUGGCUCUGCAAUGAACUACCGUAACACAUUCGGGCGCUCGGCCCCGGUGCUGUUUGAGAUGGAGAUCGACGACGGUUGGCAACCCAUCCCGUCUGGUCUCGGCGGUAUCAUCGUCGAAGCAGACGGAGAGCAGCCCCACGCCUUCGUCGAGGUGCUCGACAGCGACGCCGACAUCUCUUACUUCAAUAAGGGGGACAAGGACGACGCCUCCGUCAGCACCAACUCUACCAACACCCUCCCUGAGAUUGACGCGACUCCCACUACCGACAAAGGGAAGAGACGGGCGCGCUCCGCAAGUCUUCGUCGCUCCCAAACACCGGACACCAUCUCUUCUACCCAAUCUAUCAUCGCUGAGGAGGAGACUGGCCCUAAGCAUCCCAUUCACGUCUUCGCGAUGGGCAAUUCCAACGUUGGCACAUACCACGGGCGGUCGACUAGCAGCCGGAGCCGCAGUGUCUCUGCUUUGGGACCUCGUACUCCCACCCCCAAGGCUAGAACCCCCGUGUCUGGUACGGGGAAGUCCACGAGCACCCCUCAGGCCGACGAUCCGCCGCUCCCCGACUUGGACGAUGUCGCCGCCGCGCCUCAGACCAAUAUUGCGAACGACGUCGCCAAUCUCUUCAGCACGCUGUCCACCAUACUCGCUUCCCACCCAGAGCUCUCGGAGGGCAUCCGCAACAUUGUCCGCAACGCUUCCAAUGGUACGUACUGGCAGACUCACCGCGAUCAGGUCGUGCGGGCCGCGGAGGAGAUCCGCCGCAGCGCGAUCAUGGGCGCGGAGGAUGUUCGUCAGGCUGCUCUGGGCGGAGGACGUGCCGCGGAGGAGGCCGCCGGCCGCAGGGUCGCGGACGCCCUCGCUGAAGUCAUCCGGGUCAUGGCGGACAUCACCGAUACUGGCACUCAAGGUGCGAACCCCAACGUUCAGUCCUCCUCGGCGCCCGGCCCCGCUGGCCCGCCUCCUCCUCACCACGGCCAUUUCGGCCACUACUCAUGGGACAGGCGUCAUCGUCAUCAUUAUCCAGGUGAGUGGGACGACGACGACCCGUUCGUCGGGCCUCCCCGCCACGGCGGCGAACGCCUUCGUGGCUGGAGACGUCACCCCUCCCAUGGCGCCGACUGGGGAGACACCACGAAGGACGUGCACGACAGCCCAAUCAGUCCCCCGGGUGCAUCCGGUCCCAGUGCCGCUGCCGGCCCGUCGGCUCAAGCAUCGGCUUCUGCUAGCCCCCAGGCCUCGCAAGAGCAGGCAGAGGCGGCCCCGCAAGUCAUCAGCAACGCUCGGGGACCGUUCCCUCGACUCGAGCUGUACAGUAUUCCUCGCAGAUCCCACACUGUCCAUGGUACUGGGCAUCGCCGCAACACAAAUGCAGGUCGCACGGCCGCCAUAGACUCCAUUGUCCAUCGUCUGGCUGAAAUGGGAAUCACAUCUAAUCAGUACCCCGUGCUGCAGUCGAAGGUCGACUCGCACAUCCCGCUCAACGGUGAGGUGAGCAAGGAGCGCGAGGACACGAUUGUAGGCGAGAUUAUCGAGGAACUCCUCGUCGCUCCACCGAGCCCUCAGCAGGCGUCGGGUUCGGGCGCACGCCGCAAAUGA